AUGCACAGCGGCGCUAUUGUCGUUGCUACAGGAGGGAGAUAUAGGAUGCCAAUGUCGAUCAGCCCUAGCCCCUUUACUCGGGUCUGCCAUACAAAACAACUGCUCAUGCCUGCUCAGGGACAGUGGAGCCAGAUUUACAUUAAACAGCUCCAUCCUGCGGGUAAAGAUGUCACCAUGAGGGUGCGAGGGCGGGAAGACCUGCAUUUCUUGACAUACCGCAUGCCCUCGUGGGUCUCUCCUCGUGGGUCUCCCUCAUGCUUUUUUUCUCUGGACGCUUUCAGUCAUUCCCACGUCUGGCCGCCCUUGACCAUUCUCUCGUCUGAACGCCUUUUGGUCAUCCCCUCAUCCAGACAGCAAUCAUCUCUCUUUGCCUUGCGAGGCAGUGCCUAGAUGACAAAUGAUUAGUGGUCCAGUGAGCACAAGAACAGACAGUGAACCUCAUAGCUCUCCAAUUUAUUUUUAUAUUGUUGCUCUCAUGCACCAUGCUGAUUCUAUCUUCGCCUUGAGUUUUAAAGCCCCCCUCUCCCCCUCUGCUGUGCAGUACUAAUCGUAUUAUCUGCGGAUGGUUCAUUCAAGGAUUUUCAUCCUCCGUCUUGCUUCCUUCGCCUGGAUUACUUACUGCACGUCGCGUUACAAAGCAUCUUCUUCAUCAGACGAAUAAUUUAAUGCCAGAAAUCUAGUAUGUCCCCUGCCCUGAGAGCCGACAUCUCCCAGCCCUCAGCUACUCUAUGGACCAACUGCAAUACAAGG